AUGGCGGACUCACCAUCGACCCACCGCCGCCGACGGCCGUUUGGGUUCAGGUCGCUCGCCAACCCCGGCAGGCACGUGUGGAGGCCGCCGAGACCCCCAAGCGCACGCUCCAGCACAACAACCCCGUCAACACGAUUGUGGUUUGCGCAGACGAACGGCCCUUUGGCAUGGUGGGUCCUGUCGCUGGUGACGGGCAACCUGAACCCCGAGGAGGAGACGGUGGAGGAGGUGCAGCACGAGAGUGGGGCGCACCCACGCGCUCAAGCCGGCGUUCUCGAUUGGCGUGGGCCUGCAGCGACGACGUGCUGUUCCGCACGGUCGUGGACGGACAACGAGUACAGGUUGACGACCCAGCCCUCCGACAAGGCUGCUGGGCGCCGUGCACGCUGA